AUGAAUUAUUUUCUUUGUUCAUUUCACAAUACUUUACUUUUAAAUUCAUUUUUAAAAUUUUCUUGGAAAUUAGCACGAAUUUUAAGGCAUGUUGCCUUAUUACAAAUAUCUUAUCUUUUUACAGUUAAUUGGGAAAAUAGUUUAGAUAGGAUUCUCGAUUUUGAAUGUCCAAAAAAUGGUUACGUCAACGGGAUGAUUAGUGAACAUGAUAAUGGGGCCGAGGACAGAAGAUGGAAGUUCUACUGCUGUUCUAUACCAGAUAUUCACAUGUAUGAUUGUGAACUGACUGGAUGGACAAAUGAUUUAGACAAACCACAGGACUACCAGCUACCAAUGGGGAAGGCAAUUAAAGGGGUUUUCUCUGAACACGAUAACGGAGCAGAGGACAGACGUUAUGAAUAUGACGUUUGCAACAUGGUUCGAUUUAAUGGAGAUGAAUCAAUUAUCGGCUGAUAUAAUAAACAUGUAACAAAUGAUACAAAAUAAAGAAGAAAAUAAAA